AGAAAUUGUAAUGGAAGCCGUGAAGUUCUUGCGAAGGUUGCACGUUAAAAGUCUUUUCCGGAGUUUAGCGGAGAGUUCUGCCGGAAACACCUACCACUCCAGCAGAGGUUAUGCUUCUACUUCAAAGUCGUUGUCAGCUUUUUUUAAGUCUGGAUCAAACCUGAAGGAAACAAAUGACGAGAAGAAGAAGAUCGAUGAGGACUCAGAUAAGUCUGGAUGGCUGAGGAAGAUGAUGGGCGACCGAUUGGAAGCUGGCACUGAAUCUCACUCCAAUCUUCUAGCUGUCAAAGAUAUUGUCUAUGAACUUCAAAUGCACAAGGUUCGACCGGAGGCCAUGGAUGAAUAUCUUGAUGAAUAUGAGAAGUUCAGUCACAUGGUGAGCAAGUGGGGCACGGGUGGUCAGCUGUUGGGGAGCUGGACUGUUGAAGUGGGAGAUCUCGAUGAAGCAACACAGUCCACAUCUGGAAGUACCCGGGCGGCUAUCAAACAUUGGACAAGCACAAAUCGAUACUCAGACACGAACAGGAAUUCAAGGAUUUUCGAAAGAGGAGGAAUGUCCUCCUUAGACCAUCCAGGAACGAUGAUCGACUGGGGCAACAGCUGGGCUCGCGGUUUGAAGUACCGCCAGACGGAUCAGGAGAGUGUGGCAGGUUUCUUCUCCCACAUUGGGGAACUGUACCAGGCACAUCAUUUGUGGGCGUACGACAACCUGGCGGCUCGCGAGGAGGUGAGGGAUGCUGCAUGGGACAGAGAUGGAUGGCACGAAUGCGUCGCUAAUACAGUUCCGCUAGUUCGUAGGAUGGUAUCUAGAAUCCUCAUCCCAACAAAGUUCUCUCCUCUUAAAUAAUAAUGAUAACAACAACAACAAUAAACAACAACAACAAUAAUAUCAAUAAUAAUAAUAUAUUAUUACGAAUAAAAUAAUAGCAACUGGAUUUAUUAUUGAAUACACUCGUCACCUCCGAUCAACAUAGUCACCGUUUUUCAAUUCUUUGUUACCGCUGAGGACAACAAAGAAUCAAAAAACUCCGGAAAUUAUUAUUUAAGAUUUAGCCGAAAAUUUUUUAUAAAUUAAAUUUAUAAUUUUUUUCAGUUUAUUGAUCUUUUCUUGUCUUUAUUCGAACUUCAUGUACGAUAAUGAUGCCAACACUGUAUUAAGCUAUAGAAAAGGCUGUAUGUAUUGUAUUGUAUUGUAUAUAAGUCUGCUGUUUGUACGUGUAUUUAUCAAAUAUUUUGUAUCAUUAAUGUCUUCAAGGGGUGGGCAAACUUUUUGCUGUGAGGGCCGCAUUGAGAACUGGUAGUUUGCCCGCCCCUGUUGUAUUCAUUCAUCUCUUUUUUUUGUUAAUGGAUCCCACAGCGACGUGCCUCUAAAACCAACAUACUCUGCUUGUUGGUGUUUUACUUGUUUAAUGAGCUAGCAGCCACUAACGUACAUUCAUUUUCAUUUUUUUUUUAAAUAAUUUCUUGUAAGUCUGAAUAUUUUGAAUCUGUAUGGAGACAACCAACUCAAGUUCAUUUGCCACCAGACUUGCAACUUUUUCUACUCGAUUGACCUUCCUGCUUUAAUUAUUCAAUUAGUCAAUAGUUUGUUAUUCAUUUGUUUGCUGUUAUUCAAUUAAUUAGUUCUUCGAUGAUUGUAUAGUUAUUAUCUACUACCUGAUCUUCUUAUGCAUUAAUAAUUAUUUAGUGUUUCAUUAAAAAUUCUGUUUCCGAUUGUUCUGAUGUUUAUUUGAAACAUUUGAUUGAUUAGUUGUAGAUUGAAAUAAAAAGCAGUUAAUUUCUAUUAGCG